GCCUGCAUGCGCGUCUUUGCGUGUUGACUAUUGGUGCUGCUCCUUCGACUUCAAUUCCAUCCUCCUUCAAUGGCAGGUGCUACAAACUGCUUGCAGCUUGUGUGCCAAGUGCAACAGUACUACUACUCCACUGCACUAGGAGUCUAGGACCCCUGGACCAGGAGGAGACCUCGGCUUGGCCCGGCGAGGAGACCCACCACCGCUACGGCAGGCCACGUUCCAGUUCAUCCGUCCAUUCCCGAAUCCCUCACUACUCCUCUUCUCCCACCCAGAAGCCAGCUCAAACCCUAGCUUGAUUUGGUCGAUUCCAUGGCCGCGGAGGACACAAUGCCCCUCGCCCUGCUGCCGCCGGACGACGAGAAGGAGUUCCUGCUCCAACAGUACCACCAACACCUCGAAUCGGAUCAAACAUCUAUUCACGAAACGUCGUCAUCCAUAUAUGUUGAUACUCCGUGCUGUUCUCUUAAUCUAUCUCGUGGAAAGAGUGACUAUCCUGUGGGUGGCUCGCUAGAGAAUCCUCAUAAGUGGACAUGCUUCAUUAAUUGCAUUCUCCAGUGUGUGGUUCACACGGGUCCUCUUGUGUCGAAGCUUCUGAAAGAUGAUCACAUAGAUGCAUGUCUAAGUGGAUCUGACAAAUUUUGCUGUUACUGCUCCCUAAAACUGCAUGCCAUUGAAGUUAUCAAGCUCUCCGGGCUUUUUCUCUACCCCAGGAAGUUUGUCAAAGUCGUGCAGUUAGUUUCAGCAAAUUUUGAGUCAGAAAGACAGCAAGAUGCACAUGAAUUCCUCCGCUUCUUGCUUAACAAAUUAGAUGAGGCAUCUGUCCCUUCCAGUUCCCCAUCUGAGAGACCCAUUUCUAUUGUCAAAGAAAUUUUUCGAGGCCUACUGAAAAGCCAGUUGCAUUGUCCAGGUUGCAAUCAUUGCUCGGACAAAUUGGAACCUUUCCUUGACCUUAGCUUGGAGGUUAACCAAAUGGACUCUGUCAUGGAUGCGCUACACUCUUUUACAAAGAUUGAGGUGGUUGAAAACUUCAUUUGCGAUGGAUGCAAAUCUUGUGUGAAUAUGGAAAAGCACUUCGAGGUGGAGCAGGCUCCAAAAGUUCUUGUAAUCCAGCUCAAACGGUUUCAAAUUUUGGGGACUUAUAUAUCUAAGAUUGAAUCCAUGGUGAAGUAUCAGUUAGAGCUAGAUUUGAACCCUUUCAUGAGCUCUCCAGAUAGUAAACCUCAAAACUAUGAUUUGUAUGCAGUCGUAGAACACUCAGGCGUUCCAUGCGGUGGUCACUAUGUUUCUUAUAUCCAUUCGUCACAAACUGAUUGGUUUCUCUUCGACGAUGAUAAGGUUAUGAAAAUUAACGAAGAGGAUAAAAUUUUGGGCAGUUCAGCAUAUCUUUUGUUCUAUGUCAAGCAAGGUUCUCCGUGGUUCUCUACCCUACUUGAGGAAAAGAACAUGUUGCAAUUGGAUUAUUUUAAAGAAUUGACAGGAUUUUUGAACGAGCUUGACGUUUCCAGUGAGUAUGAGAGUGAUGAGGACGGUGACAUUUACAUUGACGAUGAUGAACAAGAAUACGAGUGUUUUCCCGAGAGCUCGUCUUGGCGUGAUGAGAUGAAGGGGUAUGAUGAUGCUCCGGCUGGAGCACUGCAUGGGCAUAGGAGGACUGGCACCUCGCAUCUUGAAACAAUAAUGGAGAUGGACCCAGAGCAAAGAAGCGGAUGAAGACCCAUAUAGGCAAGUGGAACGACAGUGGAGCGGAAGAGGGAUGGCGGCUCCACCAAGCAUCUUGGAACGACAGUGGAGGAAGAGGAAGGCAGUGUGGGCAGCAAGAAUGCGGCCGGGGUCUUCCUCCUUUUCGAAAAAUAGUAGAGAUCGAAAACUCCUCUAGCCUAUUACUUAUCCAUAGGUACUCACCGGUCAUCUGAUUAAUUCAGAUGAUGGGUAAGUAAGUACUGCUUUGGUACGGGGAUCGCCUGGUUCUAGAUACUCACCGGUCAUGCAUGUUGAAGUGCAAUGUUGAAAACUGGUUACUGGUCAUAUGGUAUCUAGCUCCAUUUUGUGAACCAAACCGCAGAACUGACCCAGCUUAAUGUCGUGAUCCUAUAUCCUUGUUCCUUGGCUCCUUGCAUGGAGUGCGUGCCUCUUCAGACUCGAGUCAAUGCAUGAUCUGAACCAGCUCAACAGCGGAUAAAUCAUGAAUUCAUUGGAUUGCAUAGUUUGAUCUC